AUGCAUUCAAGAAAGGCUAAGAGUAUUACGGGCAAGAGGAAUCAAGUAGGAAGUAAUGUGACGAGAGUGAUCAAGCCACAGAAGACAAGAAGGAUAAUAAGAAGAUUCCACCAUUUGAUCAAUAAGCGUGAAUCAAUAUGCCAGUUUUUACGCCUCAAUAAAAAUUUAGACGAGUCCAACGACGAAAAGAAUGAUAAAAUUAUUAGAUUAAGUAUUAAAGGUGAUGCAAGACUGAGCAAGCACUAUGAAGACGGUAAAUCGCAAUCAUUCAAUGAUGCGAUGGAAUCGCAACUGCUAAGGCUGCAUUCAUUAAUUAAAAAUGAGGCCAAGUCAAAGAACGCUUGUGACCUAACUGUGAUGUACACAUUGCUUGGUUACAUAAUGAAUCAAAUUGAUAAGUUAGGAGGACUGGAAACCUACCAAAUUGCUAGUCAAAAUGGACAAUUAAAGGAACGGGGAGGAGACACGUCCAAGUUACUCGAGAAAUGGAUCAGGCCGUCAUUUGAAAAUCACUCUGGAGCCAUGGCACUAGAAAUUGGUUCAUUAAGCCCUGAAAAUCGUAUAUCACGCUGUGCCCUUUUUCAAGAAGUAGUUCGUAUAGAUUUAGAGGAGCACGAAGGCGUUAUUAAGCAAGAUUUUAUGGAAAGACCUCUACCAAAAAAUGAAAACGACAAAUUCGACCUGAUAUCAUGUUCCUUGGUGCUGAAUUUUGUCAAAAAUCACAGGGACCGUGGUGCAAUGUGCCAUCGCAUGGUCAAAUUUCUGAAGCCACAAGGCUAUGUCUUUAUUGUUCUGCCGCAAGCAUGCGUGACGCACUCAAGAUACUGCGACAAAACACUGUUACAAAACCUUCUCGGAUCUAUUGGACUCACAAUGCUCCACAGCCAUCAAAGUAAUAAGUUGUAUUAUUGCUUGUAUCAGUUGCAGACGCUUUUACCACAGCCGAGUAGCUUUUCCAAGAGGAUCAAGGUGAACGACGGCCCUGGGCUGAACAAUUUUGGCAUUACCCUCUAG